AUCACUCACAUACACACACUGGCCGGGUCCUCUCACAACAGCCGCGCCCCUCACACCGUCUCUCACUUCUACCUAGACAAAGUUCUCCCUUACUACGACGAGGAAUUAACCCUUAAUCUCCUACUUGUCUUAAGGAUAAUGUGAUAACUUUAAUGCGACUGAAAACAUUAAUGUGGUUAAAGCUAUUGAUGGCGGUGGUUGUGGUGGGUGGGAGUGUCGAGGUGCUGAAGUUGUGUUAUGGACAGAAGGAACGACAGAACGACACUUUACUGGAUCUGUAGUGAUGUGAUAUGUGACGGUACGUGACGGAACAACGGUACGAAUUUAUGAGUGACGGAACAACAGUACGGGUUUUAUGAGUGACGGAACAACUGUACGGAUUUAUGAGUGACGGAACAACGGUACAUCUCUAUAUAAGUGACAUACUACGGUGCAGCUUUGUAAAUAAUGAGUGCCACUGUAAACACCAAAAUAAGUGACGGGUACCACUGUAAACACCAUAAUAAGUGACGGGUACCACUGUAAACACCAUAAUAAGUGACGGGUACCACUGUAAACACCAUAAUAAGUGACGGGUACCACUGUAAACACCAUAAUAAGUGACGGGUACCACUGUAAACACCAUAAUAAGUGACGGGUACCACUGUAAACACCAUAAUAAGUGACGGGUACCACUGUAAACACCCUAAUAAGUGACGGGUACCACUGUAAACCCCCUAAUAAGUGACGGGUACCACUGUAAACACCAUAAUAAGUGACGGGUACCACUGUAAACCCCCUAAUAAGUGACGGGUACCACUGUAAACCCCCUAAUAAGUGACGGGUACCACUGUAAACAACAAAAGUGACCCUAUUUCUGCCAUGUUUACAACUCACACAGGAGUGUUUGUGUGUGACGUCAGACCAACACCUUCCCUCCGGCAUGUGUGAUUGUCGCCUCUAAGACCAAGACAGAUGCCAGCCAAGAUGGGUGAAGAGUGGGAUUUGGACUCCAUCAAGGAGGAGGAGUGGGAGGAGAGGGCAGUGUACCUGGUGCCAGAUACACCCACGGAGGAAAGUUGUCCUAACCAUGCUACACUCUCCCUGCCUCGCAACCUUGUACUCAAAGCUUCCCAGACUAUAUCCGAUGUAAUGGGCAUAUGGAGUACAGAUUAUAUCCCCAGGGGCACACGCUUCGGUCCUCUGGUGGGCAAGUGUUAUGCCAAGGAUCAGGUGCCCAAGACAGCAAACAGAAAAUACUUCUGGAGGGUGGAUCUUGGCGUGGGCAAACGUUUAGAGGUAUACCGCGGGGAUGAGCUGUACUACUAUAUUGAUGGUUACGACACUACUAAGGCCAACUGGAUGCGCUAUGUGAACCCUGCCUACAGUUCAGAGGCUCAGAACCUCAUCGCUUGUCAGUAUAAGUCAAACAUCUACUUCUACACCAUCAAGCCCAUCCUACCCAACCAGGAGCUGCUAGUAUGGUACUGCAGGGAGUUCGCUACAAGACUUAACUACCCGCUAACUGGAGAACAAAUGUUACUCAAAAUACGCCAACAAGUGGGUGACUCAGAUGUGAAGGAGGAACCAGAGGCUGUCCCGUCCAAGAGCUCGACGACUCCCCCUGCAGCCUCCACGACUACUGGUUCGCUUCCUGUCGCCUCACCCACCCAGUUCGAGACGAGGAACGGCCAGUUGACUCCUACAGAAGGGUCAGUGAGGUCAGAUGAAGGCUAUGACAGCAACGGUUACCAUCAUGACUUUAAUAUGCCCGAGGAUUCUUCUGAUUCUGAGGGAGAUAAUAAUUACGUUCUCGACUUUAGUAAGAAGAAGAGAAAGGAAUUCCCAACAGAGGAAGAGGAAGUUGAGCUUCGUAAUGAAUACCGGAAAGUGAAGAUCAAGAUGUCCCGCGCUUAUCACUACCGCUCCAAGUCCACAGGUUCUGACACCUCGGAGAAGGAAAAGUCAGUCUCGCCCCCGCUGGAACGUCAACAGGCGGCCGCUGAGCCCCCAAUGACGCCUUUGCCUGAGACCCUCCCACAGCCCCUCCUUCAACAGCACCCACAGCAGCCCCUCCCACAGGCAGCUCCCCGGCCCUCCCCGACCCCCGCCCAUCCUGCUAAGCGAAAAGGUCCAGAGUCGUCGCCCAGUCGUCGGUCUCCGCCAUACUUGCCACCAACACACUACACCACCUUCAGCGAGCAGACGCCCCGGGUGGACUCUGUUAUGGAGAAGGAGCAGCGGCCAGAGAGUACACAGAACCAAACGGCUCGGAGGUACCCCUUGCCAGACCAGCCCCUACACCCAGCCCAUGAGGUACCCCGCCCCACGGAGGUGUCCCGCCCCGUAGACAUGCCUCGUCCUACAGAUAUGCCUCGUCCUGAUACCCGCAAUGCCCCAGUGUUCCCGGACUCGCGUAUGCCGGUCCUGCCAGACACUGCCCUGCCCGGCAUCACCAUAACAAAGCAACAUGUAUCUCCAGACACACGGCAGCCACCCAUGCCGGACACACGCAUGGGUCUGCCACCUGUGGUCCGUCUCCCACUGCCUCAUGACUCUCGUCUUGCCCAGGGGCGCCUCCCUCUUCCACCAAUGACAAGACUGCCAGGCCUGCCACCCAAUGUCACCACCAUGCCCCCACGCCUCCCUGUCAUGCCACCUCAGGACCCCCGCAUCACCGUCGCCCCUGAUCCACGCCUGCCCAUGCCACCUGACACAAGACACUCUGUACAGCCUGACACACGACACCCUGGGCCACAAGACACUCGACACCCUCUCUCAGCCGACACGAGACUCUCCGUGCCACCAGACACUCAGAUGGUGUCUCCCCGCCCGUCUGGCUCUAUCUUAGAAAAUAUUCUGUUAAGACGACUGGGCGGGAAGGAUGAGGCGGACACCACUCAGUCAGCCGUCACCUCACACAGAGACCUGAAGGAGCCCGUCCACAUCGCCGUGCCCAGCGACGCCCAUUACAAGCCUGACAGUGCCACCAGUAGUUCAGGGCCUUCUCAGGACUUCUCUUACAAACGCAGUUAUUGUAAUUCAGAUUCAAGUCAACAGAUAUCGCCUGACUCCUCCUCGACGCACCAAAAGCCUGGGUCAGCGUGUUACACCUCCUCACACCCGCAGCCCCAAGUGUCCUACGCCAUCCAGCCACCUGUCAGUAACUCCUCUUACCGCACACCUGUCACCCAGAUGUUCUCCUCGCCCCACUUCAACAUGUACUCCUACAGCGGCUACAACGGCACGAACACUAAUGGGUUCCCUCCCGUGAGUCAAGGUUCCAUGCCGAUGGACCACCGCCUGACCAUCUCCAUCCCCACCACGGCGUCAGGACACUCUCCUCCCUCCAGCAACUCCUCUCACUCCUCUCAAGGGUCACCAUCCUCCCAGGGCUCCACCUCCCCCACCAAUGGUAACCGGGGCUACCGCUCCCUCCCUUACCCUCUACAGAAGAAGGACGGUAAGAUGCACUAUGAGUGUAAUGUAUGCUUCAAGACGUUCGGUCAGUUGUCUAACUUGAAGGUGCACCUCAGAACCCAUUCUGGAGAGCGACCUUUCAAGUGUAACGUUUGCAUCAAGAGCUUCACCCAGCUGGCGCACCUACAGAAGCACCACCUCGUCCACACAGGCGAGAAGCCCCACCAAUGUGACAUCUGUAAAAAGAGAUUUAGUUCCACCUCAAACUUGAAGACUCAUAUGAGGUUACACUCCGGCCAGAAGCCUUACGCCUGCGACCUGUGUCCUGCCAAAUUCACACAGUUUGUCCACCUCAAGUUGCACAAGAGACUGCACACCAACGAACGACCCUUCACGUGUAAGACUUGCAACAAGAAGUACAUCAGUGCCUCUGGACUCAGGACACACUGGAAGACCACCAGCUGUAAGCCCUCCACCCCCGAGGAGGAGCUGGCAGUAGAGCGUUCACCCACGGGGUCCUCAGGCGGCUACGACUACUGUCCCUCAAUCGCUUCAGGGAGCAGCCUAGAUACAGUGGACACCUGCAGUAUGGAUGGUCUGCAAACGUCCCCGAGACACGACCUCCAUGACAGCGGUGACUACGACCCGAAGAGCCCCUCCUACAUGAUACCGGAGGAGCUCAUCAAACAGUCCCAGGAGGAAUUCAAGUCCUAUAACCAAGAUAUUAAGUGUGAGUCAGAUAACAGACCUUCGGUGAUUGAGUCCUCAGCCCAACACGCCAUUGAGUGCACCUAAAACUCUGUGAUAACAAAGUGAACAGGUUUAUUAUUGUUUGUGUGUGACCUCUCGCUUUGAUGUCAAAACGAGUGGGGUGAAAUCUCAUGGAAAACACUCAAUUUCAUUUGUUUAUUCCUUGAUAUGGAAAACACUUGGCAAUAUUUGCUUUAUAUACGUGUGUGUUUGUGUGUGCGUAUAGCGGAAGAUCUUGUCGCUUAUCUGAACUCUGAGAACAGGAUAGAAAUGUAUUGUAUUGGUGUCACCUGGACGUCCUUCUAAAGCAUUUUGUGAGGACGAGAAGUGGCCAUAUAAGGUCUUGUGAGGACGAGAGAUGGCCAUAUAAGGUCUUGUGAGGAUGAGAAGUGGCCAUAUAAGGUCUUGUGAGGACGAGAGAUGGCCAUAUAAGGUCUUGUGAGGACGAGAGAUGGCCAUAUAAGGUCUUGUGAGGACGAGAAGUGGCCAUAUAAGGUCUUGUGAGGACGAGAGAUGGCCAUAUAAGGUCUUGGCCAUACCAGGUGUCGUUGGACCAGCCAGUGCAACACAUCGUGGACAUGGCAGACUCUUCUACACGCUAAACGACGAGACUGGAUUCCAUUAAUUUUUUCACUGGCUUCUAUCAAAACUUCAAAACAAAAACAUAUGAAUCAAACAUAUCUCAACUUCAAUUCCAAUAUCGGCAUUAUUUUGUUUUUAAUUAAUUAGUUGAUCUUCCGUGGCAUUCAUUAUUAUUAUCAUCAUCAGUAAAGACUGUUUUGAUCACGGCUGGGGGGUCACAGCUGGGGUCAAGGAUUGGGGGUCAUCAUACCACCACUCAAGGACAUAUCAUUAAUAUCUUAGUAAGGAGCUAUGUCAGGGGUCUUGUUAAUGACUGUAAACUAUCAUCCACCACCACACUCAUCCACCACCACACUCAUCCACCACCACACUCAUCCACCACCACACUCAUCCACCACCACACUCAUCCACCACCACACUCAUCCACCACCACACUCAUCCACCACCACACUCAUCCACCACCACACUCAUCCACCACCACACUUAUCCACCACUAUCCACUAUAAUGACUGUAACACUAGAAUGACUAUAAUACCAUAAUGACUGACACUAUAAUUACUGAAACUAUAAUGACAGUAACACUAUAAUGACUGUAACACCAUAAUGACUAUGACACUACUGUAUAAUGACAGUAACACUAAUGACUGUGACUCUAUAAUGACUGAAACACUAUAAUGACUGUGACACUAUAAUGACUAUCACUAUAAUGACUGUGACACUAUAAUGACUAUCACUAUAAUGAC